AUGACAGGCCUGCUUUCUCGACUUCCGUCGAUACCUUAUCCACCAGAGCAGGAUGGUUUCUGGUCGCCUGUCACGUCGACUAUAGACUGGUGCGAAGAGAACUACGUUGUCACACAGUAUUCUGCCGAGAUUAUCAACACCCUGACCAAUCUACUGUUCAUGUACCUGGCCAUCAAGGGUAUUCGCAAUUGCAUCAAGCAUGGACACGAUACGGUCUUCCUUGUAGCCUUCAUUGGCUACCUCCUCGUAGGGACCGGAAGCUUCUUUUUUCACGCGACGCUGAAGUACCCCAUGCAGCUCGUGGACGAACUAUCGAUGAUAUACACGACAUGUCUGAUGAACUUUGCAACAUUUUCAUAUGGAAAAUCAAGACUCUAUUCGACGAUACUGGCCAUUGGAUUGACGGCGAUCGCAUUAUUCAUCACGCUCUACUAUCACUAUCUGCAAGACCCGACUUUUCAUCAAAACGCAUACGCACUCCUAACUGCAAUCGUGCUGUUUCGAGCCAUGUAUGUCAUGGAAGUCAACAUUCGACCUAGAUUCCGCUCCAAGGAAAGGGAGGCAGCGAAUCCCAAUGUCCGUAGCGGUGGAAAGACGGGCCAGAAGCAAAAGGACCUCCGAGAUGAGCAGAUUCUUCGCACGAUGUGGAAGAUGAUUACCUUUGGUCUGAGUAUAUUUCUAGGUGGUUUUGCAGUUUGGCACUUGGACAAUGUGCACUGUUCGACCUUGAUCAAAUGGCGCCGGGAGAUUGGUAUGCCCUGGGGGUUCAUGUUGGAAGGACAUGGGAUGUGGCAUCUCAUGACAGGCACGGGGGCCUACUUCUAUAUUGUCUGGGGUAUCUGGUUGAGACAUUGUUUGAACUAUAGACAGGAUGAGUAUGAGCUGGUGUGGCCAAACAUUUGGACGGUGCCUUCAGUUGUUAAGGCGCGAAGUUCGGCAGCUAAGGGGCGUGUUGGUGGUACCACGAAGAAGGAGCUAUAG